AUGUCCGUGUGGUGGAGCGGCCCGCGGGAGGGGGGAAGCUGCCAGCAGAGCCUGUACUUGGGCUGGGGUCCUGCCCCCGGGCGCACCCUUACCCCUGGGCUUUACCUCUCAGAGAGCAGCGGUGAAGAGGGCAGCACGGUGGUGCGGAAGGAGCGGCGGCGGGAGACCCCCAACCCCAUGAUCCAGAAGACCAGGAGAUGCAUGAAGGAGAGGCCCGCGUAUGCGCUGAGCAGCAGUGACGAUGAGGAUCCAUCAAAGGAGAUCGGAGUCACUUACAAAUCGACAAGGUCGGCGAAACCUGUUGGCCCAGAAGACAUGGGAGCCACAGCAGUGUAUGAACUAGACACAGAAAAGGAGAAAGAUGCCCAGGCCAUCUUCGAGCGCAGCCAGAAAAUCCAGGAGGAGCUGAGAGGAAAGGAAGAUGAUAAAAUUUACCGUGGUAUUAACAACUACCAGAAGUAUGUGAAGCCCAAGGACACAUCGAUGGGAAAUGCCUCUUCAGGAAUGGUCAGAAAAGGACCCAUCCGUGCUCCGGAGCACUUGCGGGCCACGGUGCGAUGGGACUACCAGCCCGACAUCUGCAAGGACUACAAAGAAACUGGGUUCUGCGGCUUUGGAGACAGCUGCAAAUUCCUCCACGACCGCUCGGACUACAAACACGGCUGGCAGAUCGAACGGGAACUGGAUGAAGGCCGGUAUGGAGUCAAUGAUGAGGAAAACUAUGAGGUGAGCAGCGAUGAGGAGGAUAUGCCUUUCAAAUGCUUCAUCUGCAGAAGUUCCUUCAAGAACCCCGUGGUCACCAAGUGUAGGCACUACUUCUGUGAGAAUUGUGCCCUCCAACACUAUCGCAAAUCCCAGCGCUGCUACGUCUGUGACAAGCAAACUAAUGGAGUCUUCAACCCAGCAAAAGAGCUCAUGGCAAAAUUGGAAAAACACAAAGGGGAGGAAGAGGAGGAGGAAGAGCAGCAGCAUUCAGACCAUGGAGAGGAUCCGCAAUAGCAGAGCACCCUGUUUUGUAUCUAGCUGAAUAAAGCUUUCAUGGGAGAAAAAAAAAAAAAGCUCACAGCACUUGCCUUGGGGCCAGCAGCUGUAGCCAGUACUUGUGUAUCCAACCAGCAGCUACUCAAACAGUGUCCUGACCGUGCCGGAUUCCUUGUUUGCUGCUCUGUGAAGGCACAAGACGGAACAGCAAUUUCACACAGUCCUGUCAACAGCAAGAUUGCCAGGAGACACACACAGGCAGAUGGAAACCUCUGAAGCAGAAAGGCACCACCAAGGAAAUGAAAGCAGGAGGCUCUGAUAAGCAGUGUUAUGGAGCAAUGACAGCUGGUGAAACACUGAGCAAUGUGUAAGUGGUUUGCUUUAUUAAAGUCCACUCCAGAUACAGCA